AGUGAAAUAGUGAAAGCUCUAGCAAAGACAAACUGCCACUAUCCAGUUCAGUUCUCAUAGUAUUAAGUUUGUUCUUAUCUAAUGUUGUCUGUGCAGUCAAAUCAAUAAUUUCUGAAAGAUGAUUUUCUUGUAAACUCCUUAUAAACCCCAACAGUUUGUCCUCUGACCUAAAAGUACAAACCUAUUGAAAUGUUUGUAUUCCAAAGGCAUUCACUGGUUGGCCAAAAAACGACUAUGAUAUUGAAGAUAUAAGAUUUGAUCGGAUUAAUUUCAGUGUCAGUCCCUUUUUUCUUUUUUCACGUGACUGCUGCAAGAUGAGCUUCUCCUGGCUGUAAGGUACAUGGCACAAGGUGUUACCUGGGCUUCUCUGAUAUUCUUAAGCUUGUUUUAAUUGGCUAAACUCUACCAUAUUCUGCUCCAUAGCUUUUUCAGGACACAUAGGUUGUUUGAAGACUUGCCAGGCAGAAACGGUAAAAGAAACAAUACCGUACAACUCACCAGUAAAUCAAUUAGCAGCGGGAUGAUUAAAAUAAACAGCAAAGUUCAUAAUACACACAUAAGGUUUACAGUUUUACCGAUUAGGAGUGUAAAAUUCUUUAGUGCUUGUACUGUGUAACAUACAUCUGCAAUAAAAUCCCCAGUUUAUUGUAUAAUAAUUUGUUGCUCUCUAUAACAAAAAUCCUUUUAGUCAGUCGAGAAACACGCCACCUCAGACUGGAGAAAUGAAGCACUGACAACCUUACAACCACAGACUCCUGGCAGCUGCCAUUUCUGAAUGUUAAUCCAUAAAUCUCCUGUAAUCAGGAUGAGAGGCCAUGCCUGUCUUAACAGAGCACCUGUGUCAAGAUUUGGAAGGAUUCUUCAGUGAUCGGAGGCCUAAGUGUCCGAUCGGAGGGUUUGGGAGGAGGGGACAGGCAGGGACACGGCUCUGUCCUGCAGGAUCAGGCAGUCUUCAGUAACAUCCAUACUGGGAGGACUAAACAGACACAGCAGGAGCAAUGAUCUGAUCACCCAGAGAGACGUGGACACUUCUGAGCACUUUUAAUGAUUCCAGGGAGGGAGCGGCGAGGACGCAGAUGAUGAUGAAGUGCCUGCUGAGCAUGUGAGUCCUGGCUCGUGCUGGCCAGAUGGCUGAGGUUAAAGUCACAGUGCAGGAGGAUCCAAAUCUGGGCUCCGGUCCAGAUGAGGAUGCCUCUGAGUUGUCAGUUUCUGAGAAUGAUUCAGAUUCUGGGAGCGUGCUGUCAGAUGACUCUGUGCUCCCUGACUAUGAGCGGGAAGAUGCCAGUGGAGGCUCUGCCAACACCUUGUACCAAGCCUGUGCCAAGAACAAUGCUGCAGCCCUCCGCAGAGUUCUAGAGAGAGGUGUUACAAGAGAAGAAGUCAUGGAACUAGACAUAAAUGGCAGGAACGGUCUGAUGGUGGCAGUCUCAAAAGGCUUCGUUGAUCUGGUGUAUGGACUAAACCAGUGCCCGCUUUUGGAUAUCAAUCAUCAGGAUAAUGACGGAAACACUGCACUCAUGAUCGCUGCACAGGCCGGUUUCGUAAUCAUCCUCACCUACAUCCUAAAUUACUUCAGUGGUGUGGACAUGGAGCUCCGGGACAACCGAGGCUUUACCGCACUCCUCAAGGCAGCCAUGCAGGGCAGCGAUGACUGCGUGGCUUCACUGCUCAUGGCUGGAGCCGACAUAAAUGUUGUGGAUGCUGCUAGGGGGAAGGAUAUACGAGAAUGGGCUCUGAAGACAGGUCGCUUUGAGACAUUAAACAGACUUAGACGGCUGAACAGCAGGCCUCAGGCUGAACAAUUCUGUGAAAAAUUUGUCCCAGAGUGGCCAGAUCUGAAAGAGCUAGUGGCCAAGGCCACAUCCACAAAAAGCGCAGGACAGAAAGUCGCCCAUCGCCUGAAGUCCACAUUCACUUUUAGUUUUCCACAUGACCCCCAGGACAAUGGCAUCAUGGACCAUAUGGUGCGCAUAACCACGAGCAUCCACAGUCCUUUGGUGGUCACCGGAUGCCAUCCUCUUUGUCCGUCGAGUCCUCCAGAGAUUGGAAAGAGACGCUUGGCCGUGCCUGAACUGAUGCAGAUGAACCCUGGAAAAAAGCUUGAGGAACACGGGAUAAGGCACAGCAAUGGCUCCAUCUCUGUCGCAUCUACCUCAGCCUCUUCUGUGUCGCUGGGCUCUUGCUGCUCUGACUCGGAUAGGAGAGGCAGCGUGCUUUCCAUAGCCUCCAAUGGAGUCCGCAAGUUCGUUCCACGCAGCAUGGCCCGCCGCAACAGCGUGUUCCCCACCGGCUGCGUUCCCCAAAUCAAAGUGACUAAGUCGGGAGAGCCAACACCCAAGAAGGAGAAAAAGAAUAAGCUAACCAAAGGUUAUUUAGAGCCACCGAUAUGGAAGUAUAAGGAGGCCAAAGAGGAAAAGAAAAAAGAGAAGAAAAAAGAAAAAGCAGAACAAGAGAAAAUGGAUAAAGGAGUCAAGAAAAAAGCUAAAAAAUGAAUAAACUGCCAACAGGUUGCCAUGAUGUUCUCAGACUUGUCUGUCAUCAUUCUAGUCCUUUCCUAUCUGUUUCAGGAGUUAAAAAGGAAAUGGAUCUUCCUUCCACUGUCAUUUGAAUAGAAAGCAGGACAAUUUGAUUAAUUUAUAUAACCUCAAUGAAUAUGUGUGUAUGUGUGUGUGUGUGUGUGUGUGUGUGUGUGUGUGUGUGUGUGUGUGUGUGUGUGCGUGUGUGUGUGUGUGUGUUAUUUUACCAAAGACUUUUUUAUGCUACACUAACAGUCAGAAGCUUGAGUUCAGUAUGUUUAUCAGUUUUAAUGUCUUUGAAAGUCACUUAUCACCACGGAUGGAUGCAUUCAGUGCAAUAAAAGCAGAAAUUUAAAAGCAGUAAUGUGAUCCCUUAGAAAUCAUGCUAAUAUGCUAAUUUGGUUCGCAAAAGAAGCUCAUAUUAUCACUGAUGAAAACAGCUAGGCUUUUUCAUACUUUUGUGGAAUACUUUUAUUUCUGUAUUCCUUGACAAAUAGCAAGUGAAGAACAGUAUUCAUUUCAAAUAAAAGUCGUUAUAAGGGUCUUUAAUAUUACUUUUGAACUAAUUACUGCAUCCUUGAUGAAUAAAUGUAUAUGUUUCUUAAAAGAAAAGGAUUUAAAAAAGAAAGGAAGA